AUGCAAGAAGAAAUGAAUCAACGUGCCAGUACUACCAAUCCUCCUACCCCUCAAACGGUUGAGAAUCCGACUCCAGUUCCUCAAGCCGAUCCUCCAAUUAACAUUAAUGCACCCAGCGGUGUUCCAAACGACAAUCCUCGUCCUCAUGCUCUUGAGACAGACAACCAACUUGAUGCAUUCUUCAGCCCAAGGGACGCUUCUCAGGAUGACGCCUUCGGUUCCGCAACCAACAAGGUGGAGAGGAAGGUAAAGGCUAUCGAGGAAAAGCUCAAGGCAAUGGGGAGCACUGACAUUUUGGGCCUCAAUGCGGCAGAAAUGUGCUUAGUACCUGGGGUCAUCAUUCCGGCCAAGUUCAAAGUUCCGGACUUUGAAAAAUAUAAGGGAAAUAGCGACCCUAGGACAUACAUUAGGGCAUACUGCCGAAAGAUGGCUGCCUAUUCCAGCGAUGAUCAACUUCUAAUGCAUUUUUUCCAGGAUUCCCUCAGUGGGGCAUCUUUGGAUUGGUACAUGCAACUCGAGGGCAACCAUAUUCACACCUGGAGGGAAAUGGCUGAGGCAUUCCUCAAGCACUAUCAGUACAACACUGAUAUGGCACCUAAUCGCACGCAGUUGCAAAAUUUGACUCAGAGGUAUGAGGAGUCCUUCAAAGAGUAUGCCCAGCGGUGGAGGAAAUUAGCUGCUAGGGUACAACCCCCAUUGCUAGAAAGAGAACUGGUAGACAUGUUUAUGGGAAACUUACAAGGUCCAUACCUUGAUAGAAUGGUAGGGAGCACCUCUUCAGGCUUUUCUGACCUGGUCUUAGCCGGUGAAAGGAUAGAAAAUAUGAUUAAAAUGGGAAAGAUCCAGAACUCUGCCAGUACUUCUAGUGCAUCGAAGAAACCUUUUGUUCCCUAUGGUAAAAAACGAGAAGGCGAGACCAAUGCUGCCUCCAUCAUUCGAACAAGAAAUCACACUUAUCCACAAGUAGUUGCCAUAGCUCCCGUCCAACCAAGUCAACAACAACCAUUUGCAAUUCCUGUUCAAACUCAACAACAACAACGGGAGUUAGAACCCCCACCAGCGGUUCUUCCUCCCGGUUAUGAUGCAAAUGCCCGCUGUGAAUUUCAUUCUGGCGCUCCCGGGCAUUCGAUCGAGAAUUGUAAAGCAUUAAAGUACAAGGUUCAAGAUCUUAUUGACUCUAAGGCAAUCACGUUCGCCCCCAAGAGGCCGAAUGUGAAUAAUAACCCGAUGCCCCCUCACAACAAUGCAUCGAUGAAUAUGAUGGAAGCUGACAAUGGAAGGAGAUUGAUGUCCUGUGUGGACGAGUUAAAAACACCACUCAUCGAGAUCAAGAAUGCUUUGAUGAAGAAUAAUAACUUUCCCAUCUGUGGUAAUGAUUGUGAACACUGUUUGAUUAACCCGCAACAAUGUGGAACAUUGAAGUCUGUCAUACAACAAUUAAUGAACCAAGGGAUCUUGGUGGUAGACUGUCCGUCCACAAAGGAAGAUGUGUCUACCCUCGAGAUACCAUACGAUGAAGUCCCUCCUCUGCAAAUUCCAUAUGACUUCUCUCAGUUAACUCUAUCGACAAAUCCUGUUACUCCAAUCGUAAUAAAAGUUCCCACACCAUUCCCAUAUGUUGACACCAAGGCAGUCCCAUGGAUGUAUGACACCUCAGUCUACAUUCAUGGUCAGAAGGUGCAAGAAGAACCAUUGAAGUCUAGUGACCCAAUGAUCAAUAUCACCGGCACUAGCGGAGUCACGAGAAGUGGAAGGAUAUUUGCGCCGACACCCACUCCAAUUGGAACUAUCAAUCCUUCAACUUCAGACAAAGGCAAACAAAUUGAUGGCGCUCAGCAAAGACAAGACCCCGCACCUUCAAGUGAAGUAGACGAGUUCUUACGUAUCAUCAAGAAGAGCGAUUAUCGAGUAGUUGAUCAGCUUAACCAGACACCCUCGAAGAUCUCAAUGUUGUCUCUAUUGAUGUGCUCCGAGGCCCAUAGGGAAGCUUUGGUAAAGUUUCCGAGGACAGCUCACGUACCACAAGAGAUAUCUGUUUGUCAGUUUGAAGGAGUAGUUAACAAUAUCGCUACUAGCUUAAGCUUAGUCCUAUCAAGAGUUUUGGUAGACACUGGGUCUUCCCUCAAUGUGAUGCCUAAGAGCUCCUUUGCUAAACUAACUAUUGAAGGAUUCGUAAUGAAGCCGAGUGAGCUUAUAGUAAGAGCAUUUGAUGGGACUAGAAGGACUGUAAUCGGUGAGGUGAAUUUGCCUAUGAAGAUUGGUCCCCAUAUUUUCCUUAUCACUUUCUUCGUAAUGGAUAUCUAUCCAUCCUACAGUUGUCUGCUUGGGAGGCCUUGGAUCCAUUCGGCCGGUGCAGUCACUUCAACGCUCCACCAAAAAUUGAAAUUCUUAGCUGAUGAUAAGCUAGUUGUUGUCGAGGGUGAGGAGGACAUUGUGGUAAGUCACCUCGCAUCUUUCCGAUAUGUGGAGGGAGAAUGGGAGAUAAGGGAAGUCCCAUUCCAAUCAUUUGAAGUUAUCAAUGUUGAAAUGGUUUGCCCAGAAAGAGGUGAAUCAAAAGAUGCCGAAUCUCCCAUGGCAUCUCUUAAAGACGCCCUGACAAUCAUAAAGGAUGGACACCCCCAAGGAUGGGGAAGAUUGCUUGAACUCUCUGCCAACAAGGACCGCACCGGUUUGGGAUACAACUCCCAGAAUUUGAAAAAGCCCGCGCUGAUAGCUACAAGGGGAUCAGUGCUCCCGCUGUCCGACAACUUCUCAAGUGCUGGUUACCUGGAUGACAAUCGUAUUUGUGCCGUGGAAGAAGAAGAAGAAGAAGAAGAUGAUGGCUUGAUCUUCACAAAGACUGAUGGAAACGGUGCUACCAAAUGGGCCGAGUUUGAAAUACCUAAAGUGACCUUGAUCAAAAUAUCAUCCUCGACAACCACCAAUGACAAUUCUGCUACAGUCUCAUACGACUUUGACAACCCGAUUAAUCAAGCUGCUGAAGAGUGUGAGGAAGAGGCCGAACUCCCAGAAGAAUUGGCAAGGCUACUCAAGCAAGAGGAAAAAGUCAUCCAGCCGCACGAAGAAUUAGUGGAAGUGAUUAACCUUGGGAUAGAUGAGGAAGCGAAAGAAGUCUGA